CAUAAUCAUUGUACUUAUGUUGAUACUUAUGUUUUUUUUAGUUAUUCAUCUUUUUUAAGAUUAAUUAAAUCAAAGCUGAUGAUUGACAGGUCUUAAACCAAACGUAUGCAGUGGGCGGGCGUUAGAUAAGUCUGUGUUUCCGCUACACACACGUACACACACACACACACACACGUGUGAGGAAAGUGUUGACGAAAGCCUCCCCGGUCCCUCCUGACUCUCUUCAAACAUAGCUUGCCUCUGAUGGCUGAAUCAGAGCCUGUGCCUCUCCAGGUUGGAGAGAAAAGAAGCUGUCCAGAGAAUGAAGAGGACAAGCCAUCAAAGAAACCCAGAGUAGAGAGCGAUCACAAAAACGGUGGGCCUUCUCAUGAUGAGGUGGAGGAGGAAGAGGUCGAGGGCGGAGCCAGCGAAGGAGAAGAGGAUGGCGAGACCUUUGCUGAUAUGAUGAAGCAUGGUCUCACUGAGGUGGAUGUGGGCAUCCUGAAGUAUGUCAGUGACCAUGAGGGCUUUUCUGGCAUUCUAAAAGAAAGAUAUUCUGAUUUUGUGGUGCACGAAAUCAACAAACAAGGCAAAGUAGUGCAUUUAGAUGACCUUUCUAUUCCAGCAGAGGCUGAGGAAGUCCCAGAGGCUGAGCAGCAACCAAAGGAAUCUGAUGUACUGACUGAAGACCAGAAAAAGCAGCUCGGAGAACUGCAACUCUUUAAGAAUAAAGAGGGCAAUGUCUCUAUUGAGGUGAUGGAUGAUACAAAAGAGAAGAGGACACUGGUCCAUAAAGCUAUCAAGACUCAAUUUGCAGGUCUGGAAACAAAGACAGAAGAGAAGGAAGGACGCAAGUUCAUAGUGGCAUAUCAUGCUGCUGGGAAAAAAGCACUGGCAGCUCCAAGGAAACACUUUUGGCCUAAAAACCGUGGCAGCUUUUGCCACUUUGUCCUGUACAAGGAAAAUAAAGACACCAUGGAUGCCAUUAAUGUGCUGUCAAAAUUCCUCAGGCUCAGACCCAACAUGUUUUCCUACAUGGGAACCAAGGACAAGAGAGCCAUCACUGUGCAGGAGAUUGCUGUGCUCAAGAUCACAGCGGAAAGAUUGUCUCAUCUCAACAAGUGCCUCAUGAACCUCAAGCUGGGGAAUUUCUGCUACAAAAACCACCCCUUAAAGUUGGGUGAGCUGCAAGGAAACCAUUUCACUGUGGUCAUCAGGAACAUCUCAGGAACAGACGAGCAGGUGCAUCGGGCCAUGACUUCCCUCAAGCAGACAGGUUUCAUCAACUAUUUUGGCAUGCAGCGAUUUGGGACUACAGCUGUUUCUACACAACAAGUUGGCAGGGCCAUUUUGAAAAAUGACUGGAAUCAAGUGGUUGAUUUGAUUCUGAAGCCCCGUCCCGGAGCAGAGAAAGAAUUCCUGGUCCGCUGCAGGGAGGAGUGGGCAAAGACUCAGGACCCAGAGGCAGCCUUGAAAAAGCUGCCCAACAAACGCUGUGUGGAGGGACAGCUGCUGCGAGGACUGUCUAUGUAUGGCAAAACCAACAUCGUCACUGCCUUUGGACUGAUUCCCCGAAACAACCGCCUGAUGUACGUCCACAGUUACCAGAGCCUGGUGUGGAACACUAUGGUGAGCCGCAGAAUUGAAGCCUUUGGCCUGAAACCUGUGGAGGGAGACUUGGUUCUUAAAGGAACCACAGCACAUGUGCUGUCUGCAGAAGAGGCAGAGAGUCGCAGCAUCCAUGAUAUUGUGAUGCCUCUUCCAGGGUUUGACGUCAUUUAUCCCACCCACCAUGUGGGUGAAGGUUACAGAGACAUGCUGUCUGCAGACGGGCUGGACAUCGACAAAAUGAGACACAAAGUGAAGGACUACUCUCUGGCUGGAGCUUACAGACGAGUUGUCAUCAGACCCAGUGAUGUUAGCUGGGAGGUGACUCAGUAUGAUGACCCCAGGAUCUCACUGGUACACACCGAUUUUGAGAAACUGGAGAACAAACCUGGUCCUGUCUUCAACAAAGAGGGGAAGCACCGGGCUCUACGGAUGGAGUUCUCUCUUCCUCCUUCAACCUAUGCUACUAUGGCAAUCCGAGAGGUCCUCAAGUUGGACACAAGCAUCAAAAAACAGACGCAGCUUAACACCACCUGGUUCAACUGAGAGACCAAAGCACACUGGUAUCAACAGGACUGCUACGGCAGACUGCAAAAUACCUGUCUCCUGUGGCUACUUACUGUUGUGAGUGAUUUGUGUGUGUGACUGGGUUCAAUAAGAAUCCAAAUGUUAUUUCUUUGAAGUACAAAGAGCAGUUUAGUUUUUUUUUUUCAUUUCUUUGUUUUCUUUUUUUUUAAAUAAUGUUUUUACUUGCUCUGAAUCAUUUUCUGUGCUACAAUGAUAUAACUUGUGAAUUAAGUGAACCUUUUAGAAGUAAUCCCUGCUGCACAGGAUCAUCUGAUCUGUUUGUACAGAAAUAGGUGAUUUUGAAUAUUUUUUUUUUAACAGAAUGAAAAUAUUCUUAAAGAGAGAAAAUAAACAUAUUCAAAGGAUGUGGUUUGCCUUUGAUUCUUAUCGUGAA